AUGAUGAAACGAGAAGUUAUUUUGCUGUGUAUAUUAUGGACAUUGCAGAGCGAUGCGUCCCGGUCGCACUACAGCAAUAUUUCCCACGAGUUCACGACUCCAGCUGACGAGAUAGGGCCACAGUUACCUGAUGAAAACUUCCAAGCUUCUACAGUCAUUGCUGGGCUGAUGCCAGAUUCCUUUGGAGAAAUGUUCAACUUCCUGGACGGAGAUAGCUUUGGCAUCGGUCCGAUGCAUGAAUUUGUCUACGGUUGGCAAGCGAUAGUGAACACUAUGAGUAUGAAAAAUAACGUUGAGGUUAGGAAGAGGGCAGGUCUCCAGCGAUUUGCAUUGGCUGGGAUCAAUGGUAUUACACUCAUAUCACAUAUAGGAGCAACUGAGAUCAUGAUAAAUGGGACCAGGACAUAUUGCUUCGGUGGGGUCUCCAGACCGCCGGGCAGACGAAGUGUUAUUUGCAAGGGUUCAAUGUAUCAAGAGGGUCGCUUUUCGUGUAAAGUACCCUACUUGAGGUAUCCAACUGUUUUAGGAUACAGAUACUGUAUAGAUAAAUAUGCAGCUGUUAGUUCUCUCGAUGGCACAUACAGGACGACGUAUUGCGCUCGCGGAGAAUCCGUACCAAAGUUUCACUACGACUAUAUUUGCGAACGGAGAGACAUAAAGAUAAAACGUGUGAACUUGACUGACCCCAACGAGAGAUUCAACAGGAGGAACCCGGUGGUCCGCAGGGCUGAAUACUAUCGAGCUCCGUAUGACAUAUUGAAGGCUUGCCCGGAUUGGUACGGCUGCAACCUGCGUAUAUCACCAGAGUUCCUGCAUCAAGAGGUACCCACUGGUUUGUUAGACGCCAAUGAAACCGCAUUUGUUGGGCAUGGAGGGAAAUAUUGGCUCUCACUUUAUUACACACAGCUUUCAACCUACGCAAUAUACUUUCAAGCGCAUGGGGAGUAUCCUUGGCAGUCCAAUAGACCUGUUGUUUCUAUCGACAAAGGUGGUAUCUGGGAGCAGCUUCUCAAAGCCAAUAUCGGUCCAGAUAUGAAUUUACACUACAAUCUGAAUGGAAUAUAUAACAGAUAUCCUGGUGGUGUUGUGAUGCCUGACAUCAUGAGGAAUGAAGGACAGGUUCAACCUGCGAAUUUCAGAACUGAAACCCGAGACGGUCCUCCCGAGGAAAUUAUUAUGAAUUCUCACUUACCCGUCGAUGGAACUAGUGGAGACGGUAGCUACAAAUUCAUUCAUGAUUCCCAAAUCCAGGGUAAUUUCGAACACGGUAAAAAUUUAAAAUGA